AUGAUGAAGAUCAAGAUUGCGCUACUAUCGUGUCUGUCCAUUCAUUUUGGUAGCGCCUUUCAAGCCCCGUUUCCACAGCAUGGAACAAAAACCACCAUGAGAACCCCGAGAACUCCAACGGUUCUCUACUACAACGACGACAACCACAGCAGCAACAACAACAACGACGAUGACUUUGACCUGAGCACCUUGGAACGACGCAUUGGAAAUCUUCGCUUACAAAUUCUAGAAGAAGAUCUGCAACGACCCCCCAACGCCAGUUUGGGUCCCAAGGAAUUCGUCACGGCACUCUUGCAGGGCAUUUUUCACAAUGAAGAUCCUCGCCCCGAUGCGGGAUUUAUGCUCCUCUUGCGAUGUUCCACGGAACAAUGGGCCAGCAAGUGUCUUCAAUCCAUUGGAGCGCCCAAAGACUAUGACAAUCUCGAUACGGCCGCGUCGGCACUGGGAGCCGCCAUUGGACGACCACACAAUCAAUAUGCCAUUCUUGUAGGGGAAGGCGAGGAAGAAGACGAUUACGUCUUGGAGGAUGUCAAUAACAGCAUUCCUCAAGAUCACACAUUUUACAUUGACUUUCCAGGAGAAACUCUGGAUUUCUUGGAUGGAACGGCGUGGGUCAAUGUCGAAUUCCGUGACGCCAGUAGCGAUGACUUGUUGGUGCUCAUGGGAUGGCAACUGUGUCAACGACCCGAUGGGGCAUGGCUGGUCGAUCAAAUUGAUUGGCAAGAUUACAGAGAAAAGUACCGCCCUGGAAUUGGUCGAUCCGAAUGGAUGGGAACCUACGAGGGAAGAAGAAGGUGA